AUGGGUUCUUGUGCUGGAUCAAGUUAAAAUAAAUAAAAGCAACUAAGGGAUGAAAGAAUUAGAACAGAACCAGAUAAAGAAAGAGGAAGUGAUGCUUUCACUGGGGGUAUCAAUCUCUCAAAUGUUUCGAGAAAAAGUGCAGAAUCUAAAGGUUUAGAUUUGGCUAAUCAGAAAAGGAAGACAAUGAAAAAGUAAGAGAGUCUUAAAGUCACACUUUCUAUAACAAAUGACCCUAUAUCUAAAUACUAUGUCAAAAAGAACCUACGUUAUUUGGAAGGUGUUAACUUUAAAGAUAAUAUGUUUGUUGUACAACAUAUUGUUACUGGAAAAAUUAGAGUUGCCGAAAGAUUUUCAAUAACUACAACCACGAGUGCUUUCAUAAAUAAAAUAGUCUUCUUGCAAUUAAAUCAUCCUAAUUUGCUUGAUAUAUACGGAAUAUUUUAGGAAGAUAACUAUUUUACUAUUAUUUCUGACUAUUGUAAUGGUGGAUCAUUGUUAACAUUGCUUUCUGAGAGGAAUUCUCAUUUUGAAGAGGAAGUUGCUGCCUAAUGUUGUAGAUAAAUAUACGAAGUGAUGGGGUAUUUACACAAAUUUGGGCUUUAUCAUGGUUCAUUAAGUUUGAAGAGUUUUGAAAAAUAUAAUCAAGGAAAAAACAAAUUUACACUCAAACUUGUUGAGUUUAGUUGUUUAUUUUGUAAAUCAGAUGUCGAUGAAAACAAUGUGUAAUUUUUAUCACCUGAAUGUUGCAAUGAAAAAUAAAGCUAGACUGCUGCCAGAGAUUAAUGGGCAGUUGGAAUCAUUACUAUGGCUAUAACCUUAGGUAAACUACCAUUCAAUGCAAAAUCCCUACAAGAAUGCUUGGAUAAUAUUCAAUAAUCUUGUAAAAAGGAAGGCUUCAUACAAAAGGAAUUGGAGAAAUAAGUUGGCAAUCCUUUGAUUAAAGAAUUGAUACUUUAAUUUUUGCAGGUUUCUCCUUCAAAAAGAAUAGACUUUUUUUAAGCCUUAGAGUGUAAAUGGAUGAAAAAUUACGAACAAAUCUUCAAAUCAUAAUUUAAGUAAUGUUUAGACGAAAUAACUAAGAGAAAAGAAGCAAACUUUCUUCAAUCUUGCUUCCUUUUAAUGAUGAUUAAACAAUUUGAUGAUCAAUACACUCAAAUACAAGAAAUAUUCAAUGGAUUAGAUCUUGACAAAAAUGGUAGACUCACCAAACCAGAAUUAGUUAAACAUUACACCUAAUACUUUCAUCCCAAAUAUAAUGCGCAUGAGAUCUAAGAAUUUGUAGACGAGAUUUUUGAUGCUUCAGAUCUUAAUCAUAGUGGUGAUAUCGAAUUUUCUGAAUUUUUGAUUGCCCUCUCUAAUCAAAAGACCAUCAUAACUAAUGAAAACUUGAAGUGCAUUUUCAAUCAAAUUAAUCAAGGGAAACCAUUCGGAUUUAAUGAAUUGCAACCGUUGUUCAGAACUAAAGAAACAGAACUACAAAAUUCCCUUCAAUCAAUUCCAAAUCAAAUUAUUGACUUUGAAAAAUUUUAACAAAUUAUGUUUGAGUUGAUAGAAAACAAAUGA